GAACAUGGCUCCAUCUAUCACCGAGACAGUGUCUCUGCGUACGGCUCCUACCAAGCCUCUCCGGACUGAAGGAGGCCACAAUAAGGAGAACUUUGCAGGGUUGAAGAGCACCUACAAUCACGACGAUGAGAUCAAAGGAACUGAAAAACAGCCUCCUGCAUCGUUCCCCCAUUAUCUUCCCGUCUGGGAUAACGAGACCGAGAAAUACCCCCCGUUGACCCCGUUCGAGCAUUAUGACCACGGAAAAGAUGCGGAUCCCAGCUUCCCCGACCUGUUGCCUGAAGGCAAGUUUGAGCUAGACCAUAUUACGCCGACUAUCGGCACCGAAAUCAAGGGGGUCCAGCUCAGUCAGCUAUCGAAAGAAGGAAAGGACCAGCUAGCCCUGUUCGUUGCUCGGAGGAAGGUUGUCGCUUUCCGGGACCAGGACUUUGCCCAUCUGCCAAUCGACAAGGCGCUCGAGUUCGGUGGAUACUUCGGGAGACAUCACAUCCACCAGACAUCUGGAGCCCCCAAGGGCUAUCCGGAGGUUCAUCUCGUGCACCGAGGGGCCGACGAUAAGAGCGGUGCUGACUUCCUAGCUCGCAACACCAACUCCAUCACGUGGCAUUCGGACGUGACGUUCGAGAAGCAGCCUCCAGGCACCACCUUCCUGUACUUCCUCGACGGACCUUCUAGUGGAGGAGACACCUUGUUCGCGGAUCAGGCUCAGGCAUACAGACGCCUAUCGCCCGAGUUCCGUAAGCGUCUACAUGGACUGAAGGCCGUUCACUCUGGCAUCGAGCAGGUCAACAACAGCUUGAACCAAGGAGGUAUUGCCCGUCGUGACCCUAUCACCUCGGAGCACCCCAUCGUCCGAACCCAUCCGGUCACCGGAGAGAAAGCGCUUUAUGUGAACCCGCAAUUCACUCGUUACAUUGUGGGAUUUAAGAAGGAGGAGUCAGACUUCCUGCUCAAGUUCUUGUACGACCACAUUGCUCUGUCGCAAGACUUGCAGACUCGUAUAAGAUGGCGCCCUGGAACCGUUGUCGUCUGGGAUAACCGUGUGACUGCACACAGCGCUCAAUAUGACUGGGAAGAUGGUCAGAGACGCCACAUCGCAAGAAUCACUCCGCAGGCGGAAGCACCAUAUGAGACACCCUUUGAAGGAUGA